AUGCCGUUCGGGGCGUCGUCGUCGUCGUCGUGGUGGAACGGUACCGUUAGGGACGACGCGUCACACCCAUCCACCACCGUUCCGUACCGCCUGUCGUCAUUGCACGUGGACGAGGACAUUCAAAAUGCCGCGGCGGGAUUGUUGGGGAUUGCGCACACGCACGUGCGGCGGGGCGAAGCCACGACGUUGUGGUCGCAGUCGUCAAUGUGGGGAUGGAAACCCGAUGCGACCAUGAACACGACAAUGACGAACACCAGUACGACUACUGCUACAACAACUACUACGACAACAACUAACGACGCUCCGAGUCCGAGCACUCCGUGGGUUCCUUCGGGAGAGUGCCUUCGUCCGCACACCGCCGCUGCUAUCCAACCGAGCGGUCCGUUGGCCCCUCCGCCCUUGUUUGCGUCUCCGGAUCGACGGUCAUCUCUCGGCACCACGAACGCCCACGCUGCUUCCAAUCGGGUCCAACCCCAGCGAACCCCAGCUGCACAACAAGCUACGACAACCGCCCAUGGUACCCUGUCCAACGGCAGUUGCUCCAGCACUAGUCCGCCGCCGCUCGUAAUCGAUGGUUUUCAAGUCGAUGGUACCGCUAGUUGCCCAGUCGGGAGACGACCCCGGCCGCACCAGGUCCAACGAGUGUCUCCGGUACCUGUUCCACACCGAUCCACAUCCCAGGCGUCCAGCCACUCGAACAAGCCCCAUACUGUACCAUUACUACCACCACCAUCACAACAAUUACUACUACCACCACCACAACAACAACACUUGCCAAACUUUAUCGACGGAUCGAUACGUGUCGGACGAACCGAAUCGAAUACCCGACAACCAGAGUCCGACGCACCGGUACCCUCGAAUUUCCUGACGCCACCGCCGCAGUGUGUCGGGGCCACGCACUCGGGUCGCGUGGUCCAAAAGCCACUGACGUUUGCCGAAGAAAUCUUUGGCAAAAAUGGACGUCCACCCGUACUGCUACACCGCAACCACCCGAAGCGCGUCCUGACCAAACCGCAACUCCGCAAACUCAUCGCGACGCAUCAACAAAAGACCACGAAAGCCUCGGCACGCAUCAGCGCAAACGUCGUCGUGCCACCACGCAUCACUGUAGGCAACUCGGUCGCGCCCCCACCAUUGCUCCGGAUCAAUUCCAACGUGACCGGACGCGUUGUCAAAAAACCGGUCAAUUUUGCCGACGAAAUUUUUGGAAAAAACGGACGGCCACCCGUCUUGGACGAUGCCACCCUCGCACGGUUGGCCCGUGCGCGGACCACGACCGUCGGCCUAGUGCGGCCUAGCGGCGAAUCCAUUCACAACAACACCAGCAACCGCCGCACCAAAGAUUCGCGCCGUCGCCGCCGUGACAUUCGGACGGUGACCAGAGCGACUCCUAAAGCAGAGAUCGAUCCCGUUGUCACGGAGGAAAAUUUAAACUCCCCACGCAAACGGCAUCGUUCUCGCAAGAACGCAACGGAUGAGACGGACACUACCAACGGAUCACCACGCUCGCGGAGGAGAUCUCGUGCGGAUCGCGAGCCUGUGUCCGUGGAUCGCGUCCCCUUUUACCCGGACACGGUUACGUCUAGGAGACGUGCUUCCAGGAAACCUAAAUUGUUCGCUCAAGAAAGAUUCGGGAAAAACGGACGCCCACCUUCCCCCGUACUUAUUGCGGAGGCAGAACCCAGUGGGACGGUGCUCGUGUCGCCGAGACGCUACACGAUGACUCCGCCAACCGAGGAGAAAUCGCCGCGCACCGUCAGCGACUCGAGCAUUGAAGCCGACGAAGGCAAAGUGCAGCGAUCCAGUUUUGGCUCCGAACGUGAACACAGCGAUGAUUUGGAAUCGAACGUCAACGUGGACUUGGGUGAGUCGACGGUAGUGGGCAAUGCUACUCAAGGGACAAAAGACAUUGAAUCGGUCGUCGUGCCUGACGGAACGAUGAGGGACCGAAACACACACGGUACGAAAAUUGCCCGUUGGUUGCAGCGAAAACGUAACGAAUGGGAGAGACAAAAAUCACAAUCCCGCGUAUUGGGGUUGCCGUCGAAUAAAAUGGGAUCGGCGUACGACUCUGCGCCACCGGAUACGACCAACGAGAAGAGGUUGUUGUCGAAACAUAAGAGCGACCGGGCCGGUAAAGAAAGCGUUAGACAUAUCAAAAAUCUUGAGCCGGAACGCUGUGACUCUCGCUCUAUUGUGUCGAAACAGGCAAACAAAAGUCUCGACAAGAGCAUUUUUGACGAAGAUUCCGUGGACAACACUGUUGCCGCUUCCGAUCUUGUCGAUAGCGAAUCCGAAAACGGUCCUUCGAUCGCCAAGUCAACAGAUUCCCCAAUCUCUGGUGGCUCUCGGCUACGACGAGGACUCUUUAAGAAAGAGAAUGAGGACGCACAACCUUCUCAUAAGAGAAGAGGUCGGAAACGUCCAGUCGAUCUCGUAGUGGUUGGGGCACGAGUCGAAGUGUUUUGGAAAGAGGAACAGCAGUAUUUUGCUGGGAUUGUGAUGAAACAGCGAGAGCACAAACGGGCGUUCUAUGUCGAAUACGAUGACGGUGAUAGAGAGUGGAUAGACUUUGCGGCACACAAGUUUCGUCUGAUCGAAAGCGUCACACACGAUACGAGCAAGGCCAAGCGCAAGGCAGAGAUAUUGAAUGCUCUCUGCAAAAAACGAGUUUCCGAAAUUGAGUUAACAAGUAGCGAAACGAAGAAGUAUGCCGCCACAGGUGGAUUCCAUGAGAUCAAUCCAAUUGGAACCCGAGUAAAAAAGCUUCGUCGAGGUCGGAAGAAAGGGGUAUCAAUUCUGGACGACUCCAAUAAUGGAGAAGAAAAUGAUCCAGAGGACAACAUUUAUGGUAUCACCGUCGGUUGCAGAGUUGCAGUAUUUUGGGAAGGGGAUAGAAAGUACUUUAACGGCUCUGUGACACGAAAACGUAGCGCCAAUCGAAAAAACUUUUUCGUCGAGUACGACGACGGUGACAGCGAAUGGAUCGAUUUUGACGACCACCAAUUCCGCCUGUUUAUUACGGAUGAGAGGGACGAGGUACAUACAGAUACUGCAGAAGACUAUGAUGAAGGAGAAGCUCUUGACGAUCUGAAUGAGGAGCACGAGAAGGGAGAUGCUUCUAAAGUGUCGAUUGGGUGUCGCGUUGCCGUAUAUUGGGAUGGCGACAAUGAAUACUACAAGGGGAAAAUAAUGAGCAUAAAGAAGGACAAGAAGGCCUCGUUUUAUUUGAAGUACGACGACGGAGAAGACGAAUGGAUUAAUCUUCGCCGGCACAAGUUUGUUCACCUGCCGAAAAAGAAGUCCGGGGGCCGUCCGCAGAAGAAGCGAAAGACGGACUUUCGGUGAAGUGAGAAAUAGGGGCUCGGCGCGGUACUCAAGCACAACUCUCAUUGUUUAGCGAAACCUUGCUGUUA